CUCCACUGUCCACGGUUUCUCGCCUUCGAAUCGCUCAUCCGAGCUUUCAGAUCUGAGGCUUGCGAUUGUAUUUGUUUUGUACUGCUGAACAUGCUGUGAAUUUGUCCCUCCUUCUCCCUCCGUGAGCUCGUGCAGUCCUUCGUUCAACCUGCAUCAUGGCGGCUACUGCCCGGCCUCGCCCUUACCGGCGCAUCUUGACCUCGGCGCUGCAUAGGAGGUUUGUCCAUGCCUCCGCAGUCACACUACUGGUCUGCUACCUCGUAGCAUUUCUCAUUGGCCAAAAAUCAUCUUUUCUGUGGUCUUGGUUCCCAAUUGGAGGAUGUGGCAUCCGAACUGUCCUUCUUUUCAUCUCCUGUCUCGUCAUCUUCGUUCUACGAGUGGGCCAGAUGCACGUCGGCGCGAGAACGACGUCUUCCCCGCUCAGCACACUCAAAUAUCUCGCUCCGCUAAACAUUAUUCAAACUGUUGGCUGGUAUAUUUUCUCCGCUUGGUGGUUUAGUGAGAUUUAUAAAUUCGCCGCCCCGACGGACGCUCACCUUGAAUGGGUGAAACGAGGAAGGCCACACGAGAGGGCCAGCAUCAACGAAAGGCCUAUCUACCUCUAUACCUGCCACUUCCUUCUUGCUCUUGCGCAGUCCGCGGCCCACCUCUACUACGACUUUGAUCGCAUUCCUAUCCCCGUCGCUAAGCGGGAGAUUGGUGCUGCGGAGCGGAAGACCGACCCCAUUACGAAGCGCCUCCAGGCUGCAUUCCCUUCUAUGAUCCGAGACGGCUUUUUGCGCAGUUCUGCAGUUGUUGCGGCCACUCCUGUGGUGUACACCCUCUUCCUUCGACGGCCCGCAUGGAGUUUCACCAUGUACUUUGCACGGCUGUUUUGGGAUUUCCCACGGUCCGCCGCAGAUCCGCCAGGUCUGUUACCGCCAAUUGGCCCGGCACUAUUUGUCCGGACCUUGUUCUCGAGCGCCCUCUUGGUCCUGUGCUGGCAAACCGCGAAUAUCUGCUUCUCCCUCUUUCUCAGCAAGGAGCCGCUCAAACGCGGCAUGCCGCUGACGGGCGAGGCGAAAGAUCCUAACGGAAGCCUGCUGACGGGCCUGCAAGCGAAGAAGGAGACGGUCAAGACGUUCGCCUUCUGGGAGCUGUAUUUCAUCAGCCAGCAGUUUCCGGAUCGGCGGAAGGCCAUCUUCAAUGACAUCGACCGCGAGGGCGGGGCCGCCUGGUCUCAGAUCCACCAGGCCGCCACGGAGAUCAUCGGAGGCAUCUCGACGCGAAUUAACGAGAAGCAGAACCCGCCAGCGGGCGCGACGCCCUCGCAAGCGGAACCAGCGGAACCCGUGCUUCACACGCUCCCGCGAUUGACCGACCCGCCCAAGGAGGGCAAUGUCUUCGCGGAUUCGCCCAAGGGGACGUCUCGGCAGGCAAGGCUCGAAGAGGCCGUUAGCUCCGCAGCCAAGUCGUACGGACAGGCUCCAGAUUGGACCCCCGUGGCCCGGGCACGAGCCCGCGAUGUCUUCGACCGCGCUUCCUCCGCCAUGUUGAGCCCAGAGCGCAAGCAAAAGCUUCUCGCCUCGUCCCAAGAAUUCAAACUGCUCACGGGCGGCACGCCAUCGACUCUGAAACCCGAAAACGUCCACCCGAUCCUCGCCCAGAUCCUGCGGUCUCCAGUCGGCCUCCUCUUCCGCCAGACCUACGCGCGACGACUCUCGGGCAUCGUCCUCGGCACACCGCACGCCAGUCUCUGCUCCGUCGUCGACGCCAUCGAAUCCCUCACCGGCCUCCUCAUCGCCAGUCUGCAAGAGGACCAGUACGGCAAGGUGCAGGCCGACGUGCCGGGGGUGGUCCGCCUUUUCACCGAGACCAUCAUGGUUCUGGAGCCCUUUAUCCACGGGGGUCUGGACGCGCACUGGACGGACAUCAACUUCCCACCCUCCAGCAACCCGGAGGCUCAGGCCGAAGCCCGCCGGAUCCCCGACGUGGACCUUGUGCUAUACACGCUCAAGAAUUCGCUGACCGCGCUUCUCUCCGCAUUUAGCCUCUACCUCAGGGACAUUGGGCUUGUCGGGAAAGACCUCCGACUUGCUCGCGAGGCAGCCGGGGUAGCCGACGAAGAACCAAUCUUCUAACCUAUCUUCCGGCUUGCUGGUCUACGAUGAUCAUGUAUUUUUGCUUUCUUAUCACCCUUAUACAGGUGGUAUAUGUGCUGCGCUAUUCCAAGUGUUUAGGAAAGUUACGAUCCAGACUACUGGCUGGGACCUUUCCCCGUUUUCAUUGCUUCCGAUUAUGUCUCUUCUUUCUUUUUUCUUUCUAUUUAUCGUCAAAAUUUUGGCUGUGCAUAGUUGCGGCGUUAGUCCAGGUACUAUUCAAU